AUGAGGUUCUUCGGCGCCGCCGUCGCUGGCAUCGCCAGUUUUCUGUCCCUUCAGGUCGCAGCGAGCCCCCUUCCUACUCCUGUCGAGGCUCGCCAGGCCACCGGUACCGUCUCGAACAAGGUCAUCUUUUCCCCGCCGACCGACGCCGGUUGGGUUGACCCUCGCGUUCUGUACGCUCGCACCAUCCAGCUGAGCUCGGGCGACCUGAUCGCCACUUGGGAGAACUACUCUCCGGAGCCCCCGAUCGUCUACUUCCCCAUCUGGCGCUCUUCCGACGGUGGUAACAGCUGGUCGGAGAUCGGACGCGUCCAAGACACUGUUAAUGGCUGGGGUCUUCGCUACCAGCCCUUCCUCUACGAGCUCCCCGAGGCCUUUGCUGGCUACCCUGCUGGCACGAUCCUGCUCGCUGGUAACAGCAUCCCCACUGACCUCAGCUUAACCAAGAUCGAUGUCUACGUCAGCACUGAUGGUGGCGCCAACUGGGAGUUCCUGAGCAGUGUCGCCAGCGGUGGCGAGGCCCUCCCUAACAACGGCCUGACUCCUGUCUGGGAGCCUCAUUUCCUCCUUCACAACGGCGAGCUCAUCAUCUACUACGCCGACCAGCGCGACCCCAAGUACGGCCAGAAGCUUUCCCACCAGGUGACUUCGGACCUCAAGUCUUGGAGCGAUCCCGUCGACGAUGUCAACGACCCCAAUGCUUAUGAGGCGCGCCCCGGCAUGCCCGUCAUCACCAGGCUCCCCAACGACGACUUCAUCUUCGCCUACGAGGUCUGCGGUACCGAUGGCUGCCGCGUGCACUACCGCCUGACCAAGGACCCUCUCAACAUUCUCGCGGCCCCGGGCAUCUCCCUGGUCUCCAGCGCCGGCACCCGCCCCGUUAGCUCUCCAUACGUCGUCUGGACCCCUCUCGGUGGCGAGAAUGGCACCAUCAUCCUCAGCGCCGGUAGCCAGUCCAACAUCUUUGUCAACCAAAAGCUUGGUGACGCCAGUGCUUGGGUCGAGUAUGCUGUUCCCCAGCCCAACGCCUACUCGCGUGCGCUUGAGAUCCUCGGAGAUGGCAGCCAGCUUGCGAUCAUUGGUGGAGGAAGACUGCCUCCUAGCAGCACCAACCAAGUCAGCAUUAGCGUUGUUGACCUUAAUGAGCUCCUUGGCUUGUAG